CGUUGCCAUUCAGCACCAGACUCGCCACCACGCAGCCCGCAGCUGCAAUCUUUUCUCUCACACAAGGGUUGCAGCGUGGGACAUGGGACCACCAUGGCGCUGCUUCCCGACGGGUGAACACACGCCAACGCACGCACCCGGCGGCAGCCGGCUGGCGGGGCCUUGGCGGCUGAAGAAUGGCCGUGCUGCCCCGCGCUCUGCCCUGCCCUCUCUGUCGCGUGACCGUGAGCCGUCGUCGACGAAGAACAAGGCUGGUGCUCGUGCAGUGUGCAGCGCGCAGAUGGGUCUUAGACUCUGGAGCUGGAGGUCAGGGCUUUCGGAGGCCUGCAUUGGAGCGCUGUGCCUGCACCCGGGUCGCCGAGGCACCGACGAUGCCGGGCGCGCACGAGGCUCUGCCAGACCUCGGCCUCGCUUCCUGCUUUCACUGUGCGUCUCACGAGGCUCGCUCGCAUACGGCGCAACGCUGCAGCAUGUACAGCGUCUCGUGGCUUGAGGCACAGAGCUCAGCAUACGGUACGCUCACCUGCAGCCGCAGAGAGGCGGUGAAUGGCCCACGCCUGCGCCGGAGCGCCGCCAUGUUCUCCCUCUUCUCAUCCUUCCGCGCUGUUGCGCCUGUGGCUUUGUCCGCUGCACACGAAUGCACCAGGGGAUGCAUUUGCCCCCUUGAGCAGCGCGUCCGCAUCCUCUGGCGUCGGCUUCUCGACGCGAGCCAAUCGCGGUGUCCGUCGCGGCGUGCUGGCGUAAGCUGCUUUCUUCUCGCUCGGGGCUGGUGCACAGGCUGGCGCACAGGCUCGAGCACAAGCACAGCGCACACUGCACUGGUGUCAGGAACAGCUUGAAGCACGCCAGGAACGCCUCUCGCGCACUGCCUUCUGGCGCGACACAGCCGCAAGCAGGUGUGUGUGAGGCACGGCUGCGCUCGAGGCGCGGGGAGCCUCGUCGAC